CCUGAGUGAUGUCAGGGACAAGGGUCCAGGAGUGCGGAGUCAAGUGUACGGGUCAUGAAGGGAGCUGAUUAAGAUUUAAAAAGAAAAUAAUGAACGUUUUUAUCAAAGCUAACUUUAGUCAAAGUUGGUGCAACUCUGGACAAUGAGCCAAGUGGAAAGCUGGUGUUCUGUACAGUUUGUGAGACCACUGUAAGGACAGUUCUUUGUCAUCUUGUGUCAUGUUACCCUUGAACAAUUGAACAUCCCUCUACAUACGGUGUACAUCUACAGUUUCUUUAAGGAGUAAAUUCCAGGAUUUUGACCCAGCAACAGCGAAGGAAUGGCAAUAUGUUUCCAUGUCAAGAUGGAUAAGAGUAUCCUCUGGUAUCCAGCUCAUCAUGACACCUAGGGAACAUUUUGGGAAGAUUUCCACAUCGAAUGAACUGGGGAUAUUGGAUGAGAAAAAUCUCUACCAGGUGGCUAACAGCAUUGGAGCAAAUGGACAUCAAGAGUUUCGACACCGGCAAGAAAUGUUGAUGAGAAAUCAAAUGAUGCUCAUGAACCCUCAUGGGCAGAUAUUGGGGCCUGGACAACCGAAGAUGCAGACUCUUGGUGUCCACUUUGAACCACGGCUCCUAGACAGGAACAUUCUGGCUUCUUCUGAAAUCCUUAGUUCACCAGAAACACGACAAAUCCACCUGGGCUCCCAGCUUGGCACUUCAGUCCAAACAAGUGUUAUACACAAUCGGACCUACCCAGGGGCAGGUUUCAAUAUUCUGCCACCAGAAACAAUGGAUUCAAUGCUCAGACGCCAAGAACUGAUUCACAAGCAGAAUCUGGUUAGGCUGGAAGUGGAUGCACUGCUCAAUCAGACGGAAUUGGAGAACACCCAUCGAAAAGGACCAUUGGGAGUGGAAGUGCCUUUUGUUUGUCCUGGUAUUUCAACAGAUGAAAUUGCAUUCCACAAUAGUUACAGGCUACCCAAAGGCCAGCAAACCAAUGACGCAAUCCUCCACCAAAAUGCAUUGGCCAGCAUUAAUGUUGAUAAUAGCCUGUUGAUGACAUCCAAUCCGCAUCCUCCGGUCAAUACAUUGUACAGAGAUAGGAAUCGGAGAGGCAUAAAAAGAGCGGCCAGUCAGAAGAAUGCAGAUGAUAAUCAUAGCGGUUCCAAAGGCCACAUAGAAGACAAGAAACUGGACUGCAUCUCAGUAACAGCAGUGGAUGGAAAGGAAAUUGAAUGUGAAAAUGAGCCAAAGUCAGGUCUUUCAGCUAAACCAAAUCAAAACAAAGCGGACACAAAUUUACUAUGCCCUUUUGGAUUAAAUAGUGAUUAUAAAGAGAGUGAGCAAAGAUUGAGAAAACCUGGCAGUAGCAAUGAGAAAUUCUCAGAGGCAGACAAUGGUAAUACUUCUUACACUGGAACUGAAAAGAAUAUGUUCAAGGGCUGUGCCUCAUUUCCAAAGUAUAUGUUUCCUCCAUCAUUGCCUCUGCCAGCAAUACCUUACCGAUUUCAGAUACCAGGAAGUACACUAAUGACAUCAGCAGGACCCCAUGCUGUUUUCUUACCAGAAGAGAAGGAAAUCAUUCAGAAGUGGACGGUGGACGAUGUUUACAAGUUUGUCAGCCUCUUGCCCGGUUGCUCAGAUUAUGCUCAAACCUUCAAAGAUCAUGCCAUCGAUGGAGAGACGCUUCCUCUUCUCACAGAAGGUCACCUUCUAAACACAAUGGGUCUGAAGCUGGGUCCAGCUUUGAAAAUCCAGUACCAGGUGUCUCGACAUGUAGGGAAUGCAUUGUAUGUGAUGAACUCAGCCCCCUCUGCAUCCCUGCAAAGUACUUUUAGUGAAACAGUAAAUCAGACGUCAGAUGUAAUUUCACCCAUAACACCUGCUGGAGGUGAUGACCCGCUGAGAAGUCCAGGUGGACAAGACCAGGAGAACUUCAAGCCUUCAGAACAGAGUACGGUGGAAAAAAGAGAUAAAACACAUGAUGAGCAAUGUCAUUUACAGACUUCCGAAACCGUUUAGGUUGAGUUGUUUGAGCUGGAUUCAAUGUGUAUUUCUCCUGUAUUUUGAGAGAGCUCCUUCUACAAAAUACUUCAGUCAGAAAGCUGUUAAUCUUAAUUGUAAAUAAGCUGCCUGUAACUGCGAUUCUGUGAGAAAUGGAAGUUGGACCCCAAAAGUUUAAGGCCUUUUGUUUUAAAAGAUUUUGCAUGGAUACAGAAGUUGAUCCAAAUUUAACAGAUAAAUAUGUAACAGGAAUUUAUUGUUGCAGCUGUGGUAUUUGUAGAACAUAUGUAGAAAAUAACAAAGUUCAUUCUUAACUAUAAUUCUGUCUCAUUUAAUCCAUAUUUAUUCUUACAUUUUUUUAUUUCCAUUUUGUAAGUUUCUUUGUAUUGUACUUUUAACUACUUUCUCUUUUCAUUAUCAUCUUUCACUUUGUGUCAUUUUAAAGCUUUCUUUUCAAUUAUUGGGUUCUUCCAAAAUAAUUACAUCUCUUGCUUUUAUUUUAAAUUAAUCCUAAAUAAUCAAAUCUAUUUUUUCCAGUUCUUAUUCUAAAAAUUGAUAUUGUCUAGCAUGUACCAAUAAGUAAUAAGGAACAUUAUAGAGUAAAAAUUGCACUGGUUCAAAAGCAUUACAAAACUUAAAGAAUCUAAUUUUUUCGCAAAAGUAAUGUACUAAUUCAUAAGAUGUGAGCACAACUGACAGGGGACAUAUUCUAGUUCCCCUUGAGAAAGUGGUGGUGAAAUGCAUUGUUGAAACACUUCUGUGUAAGAGGUGAAUUCCCGCAAUGCUGGUAGGAAGGAAGUUUCAGAAUGUUGACAUAAUGAUGACAAUUGAGCUACCAAUAGUCAGAGUGGCAUGUUAGUUGGACAGUAACUUGUAGGUGGUUCUGCUCCCCUUGUCCUUCUAGCUGUAGAUGCCAUGGGUUUGAAAUUUGCUUUCAAAGAAGAUACAACAGUUUGCUGCUGUACUUGAUGACACAUGCAGGGUGUCAGCAGUGGAAGGAAUGAAUGUUCAAGAUAUGACUUGGAGGUGGGCAGUCCAGCAUAAUCCAGUCAGCCUGAAAGAGAUAUCUCAGAAACUUUGGAAUAAAUUCACCCAGUGAUGUUUGAAUAACUGUCUCUGGGACAAACUGUUCUAAACUUGUCAGUUUGUUGUUAGUUGUUAGUCUGUUCUACUGUCGAAAGUCACAUAGCAUUGACCUAGUUACUUUUUCUUAGGAGAUAAGUGUCUUUUACUUAAUGUUAACAUAGUUUACCAGUCUUAAGCUAAUGAGGAAGUUUAUAAGAGAAUUAAGUUUUUAAUUAAUCGUGCUACAUACUGAUCGUGUAUAACUGUUUGUGUCACGAGAGUCUAAUUACAUGUAAUAAAUAGUAAUUCUUCUUCAGUGCAGAAGCCCGGUCUGUGUUUUCUAUCAAUUUGGGUGUUUAGGUCAGAUAAAUUGAGGAACCGUGCAUAAUUUGUAAAAUUUUUAACUCCUAUGAUGCAUCUGGGAACAGUGAGGCUCCAUUUCCAGUGCACUACCCUAGUGAGUUGUAACAAAGGGAAACUGUAACCCAUACCUGGACUGGAUUAUAGAUAAUGGGAGCUGCAGAU